GAGGGGCAAGGAAGUGAGGAGCGGAAGCGGAACUUUCAACGAGCAACGUGCCACAGUUGGCGGAGGGGAAUCUGAGCAAUAUGGUGGCCAUCAAGAGGAAGCGGCAUGGAGGAGGAGGUCCCGAGGCGAAGAAACCGAAAGGAAAGGGGAAAGAGACCAGAGCACCGGCCAAACCUCUCCCUGUGGCCCCAGGGAAGGCAGAGGGGGAAGAGGAGUACCGCAUCCCGGGCCCCGUCACCAAGGGUAAAUGGAAGAAUAAGGAGCGAGUUCUUAUCUUCUCAUCAAGGGGAAUAAAUUUUAGAACAAGACACUUAAUGCAAGAUUUAAGAACAUUGAUGCCUCAUUCUAAAGCAGAUAACAAAAUGGACCGGAAGGACAAAUUGUUUGUAAUUAAUGAGGUCUGUGAAAUAAAAAACUGCAAUAAAUGCAUCUAUUUUGAAGCUAAGAAAAAACAGGAUCUCUAUAUGUGGCUUUCAAAUUCACCUCAAGGACCUUCAGCCAAGUUCUUAGUUCAGAAUAUUCAUACUUUGGCAGAAUUAAAGAUGACUGGAAACUGUUUAAGAGGUUCACGUCCUCUUCUGUCUUUUGAUCCUACUUUUGAUGAAUCGCCACAUUAUUCUUUGAUAAAAGAACUCUUUAUUCAGAUUUUUUGUACUCCUCAAUACCAUCCCAAGAGCCAACCAUUUGUUGACCAUGUGUUUACCUUCACCAUUAUGGACAAUAGGAUCUGGUUUCGUAACUAUCAGAUCAUAGAGGAAGAUGCAGCUCUUGUAGAAAUUGGACCUCGUUUUGUCUUGAAUCUGAUAAAGAUUUUCCAAGGCAGCUUUGGAGGACCAACUUUAUAUGAAAAUCCACAUUAUCAGUCACCAAACAUGCAUCGACGUAUAGUGCGAAUGACCACAGCUGCAAAAUACAGGGAGAGACAACAAGUCAAAGAUGUACAGAGACUCAAGAAGAAAGAAGAUAAAACUAUUAUUCCAGAAGAUCCUACUGAUGAUGUUUUUAAGACACCAGCUGAAGAAAAGCCAGUGGAAAUACUCUUUGUGAAACCAGAGCCCAAAGUCAGUUUGAAAACAAAAAAGAAAAAAAUACACAAAAGACAAAGAAAAAUGAAGCAGAAGGCUUUGAAGACUAAGAAAGCAGAGUGAAUCUGUGGAAACAAAUAAUGUUCCAUUAUUUUGUAUUUAUUUUGCACUCAGUAUGUAAAUACUCUUGUGUUAUCUGGGGACUUUGGUGCUAUUCAUGUUUAGAGUAAAAGAAAGAGAUGCAAAUCUAGUGCUCAAAGUGUUUGAUAGAAGAUCUUUUUGGUCAUCUUAUUAUUUUUUCAAUAAAAUAAAAUGCCAUAGGAGUCUAAGGAUACAUUUUUUUAGGAUAUUUUUUGAUAAUUCAUAAUUAAUUUACGGACAAUGAAAGAUAUUUAAAACAUGCUUACAAAGGAUUUCAUUGUGUAACUGUUAAUAACUAUUACAAUACUUUUUUGUAAAGCUGGCUUAAGAUUCAAAUACAUUUUAUUGAGCACUAGUGUGUAUCAUACUGCUAAGGGCUGAAUGUAUCAAUUAGUCAGCAGGCAUUUAAGUACUUAUUAUGUGCCAGGAACGUAUUAAAGCACAAGAGGGAUAAAAAGCAAAAACAGUUCCUGUUCUCCAGAUGCUUACAUAUUAUAAUGGGGGGGGUAGAUAUAUAAAUCAGAAGAUACAAGGCAAAUAGAGAAGAGAUGGAAAGUAACUUAGAAGGCAGAGUGGUAGGAAUAGCCUGAUGGGGAAAUUGCCCAUAAAUUGAGUCUACAAGGAAGCCAGGGAUUCAAGAGUCAGAGUUCAGGAGGGCAAGAGCAUUUCAAGCAACAGUUAUGGGAAAAUGGAGUGUUAUGUGCAGGGAAUAGCAAGACCAGAAUGCCUAGAUCUUUGUGUGGGAGAGGAGGGAAAUGUAAGAAGAUUAAAAUUAUUUUUUUUAUUUUAAA